CGCAACCCCUCUGCAUCCCACAACGUCCAUUGAAUCCCAUCGAUUGACGCAUCCGACACACGCCGCCGCACCACAUACGCCCCAUCGCCAUGUUCAGGAGAGUCGCAGCCGUCGUGCCCGCGCAGGCCGGCAGGGUGAUUUCGACAGGCGCCCGCCCGAAUAUCGCUUCUCCAGUCCGCGCAGCAGCAUCCGCCACAGUAUCUGCCAACAGCCGGCGGCAGUACCACGAGAAAGUGCUGGACCACUACAACAAGCCGCGAAACGUUGGAUCGAUGUCGAAAACCGAUACUGAUGUCGGCACCGGCCUCGUCGGCGCUCCCGCGUGUGGCGACGUCAUGAAGCUUCAGAUCCGGGUCGACCCGUCGAGCAACACCAUCAGCGACGUCAAGUUCAAGACGUUUGGCUGCGGGAGCGCGAUUGCGAGCUCGAGCUAUUUGACGGAGCUGGUGCGGGGAAUGACGCUCGAGGAUGCUGCGAAGAUCAGGAAUACGGAGAUUGCGAAGGAGCUUUGCUUGCCGCCUGUUAAGCUGCAUUGCUCUAUGCUUGCCGAAGACGCAAUCAAGUCCGCCAUCUCGAACUACUACACGAAGAACCCGACCGCACGGAAGACGGACCUCGGUGGCAAGUCGGCGCCGUUGCCGAAGGUGGAGGUCGAGACUGUGAUGGAGCCGAAGACCGCUACGGCGUAGGGGAUGAAACAGAUUGAUACCAGGCAGACAAGGAGAGGCGAUGAGAGAUGAUGAGACGGGAUGAAGGUGUACACUAUAUCU